AGGGAUCGUUUUUUAGAAAACUUCUCCGCAGAGAAGAAGAGAGAAAACAGUCCAGUCUCUGAGAAAAAUACAAAUAGUCAGUCCUCUUUGUUUAUACCCAAAAAUCACAAACCCUAGAAAUUCAUGAACACCGAAAUAACGAAGUCGGAGUUUCUCAAUUUCGCCAUUUUGUAAGUAGAAGAAGUAGAAGUAGGGUUUUAAUUAAAACCCCUCUCUAUGCAACAACAACUCCAAAAGAUGAGUCCAAUACAGAACUUCGAACAACAUGCACGGACUCUUGUUGAUCCUGAUCUUCCAAUUCAAACGAGAUUGCUUAUGGCGAUGGAGGUUAGAGACAGUCUAGAGAUUGUUCAUACAGCGGAGUAUCUUAACUUUCUGAAAUGUUACUUCAGGGCAUUCUCAACAAUAUUUACACAGAUAACAACGCCUCAAUUUACUGAUAAUCCUGAACACAAACUUAGGAAUGUCAUAGUUGAGGUGCUUAAUCGUCUACCACAUAGUGAGGUUCUUCGCCCUUUUGUUCAGGACUUACUGAAAGUUGCUUUACAUGUACUCACUGUGGAUAAUGAAGAGAAUGGGUUAAUUUGUAUCCGUAUUAUUUUUGAUCUUUUAAGGAAUUUUAGACCUAGCCUAGAAAAUGAAGUGCAGCCAUUUCUGGAUUUUGUUUGUAAGAUAUAUCAGAAUUUCAGAGCGACAGUUACUUAUUUCUUUGAAGAUGGGGGUGGAGGAGUAGCAGCUAGCAGUGGAGGUAGUGGUGGUGGGAUAAGUAGUGGUAGUCUUAGUAUAAGUGGUAGUGGGAGUAGCAUCAUGAGUGGUGGGUUAGGGUUAGAUGAUACUAAGAUGUUGGACGCCACAAGUCUGGGAUCAACUGUAUACACGGGUAACAAUGGUCAGCUUAAUCCGAGUACUCGCUCAUUUAAGAUAGUUACUGAGAGUCCUCUGGUGGUGAUGUUUUUAUUCCAAUUGUAUGGGCGGUUAGUGCAGACCAAUAUUCCUAAUUUGUUACCUUUGAUGGUUGCUGCCAUAUCUGUACCGGGUCCUGAUAAGGUUCCUCCUCAGUCGAAGAACCACUUUAUUGAAUUAAAGGGUGCACAGGUUAAGACUGUGUCUUUUUUAACGUACCUGCUGAAGGGUUUUACUGAUUAUAUCAGGCCACAUGAAGAAAAUAUUUGUAAAAGCAUUGUAAAUCUUCUGGUUACAUGUCCUGACUCUGUUUCCAUCCGGAAGGAAUUGCUUGUAGCCUUAAAGCAUGUUCUUGGAACAGAUUUCAAGCGGGGUUUGUUUCCUUUGAUUGACACACUAUUGGAGGAGAGGGUUCUUGUUGGAACUGGCCGGGCAUGCUUCGAGACUUUAAGACCAUUGGCUUACAGUCUACUAGCAGAGAUUGUUCAUCAUGUCCGGGGAGAUCUUUCCUUGUCACAGCUGUCGCGGAUCAUAUAUUUGUUCUCAAGUAACAUGCACGAUGCUUCCUUGUCCCUCAGUAUUCAUACCACUUGUGCUCGCCUAAUGUUAAAUCUGGUGGAGCCCAUCUUUGAGAAAGGUGUCGACCUGCCUACACAGGAUGAAGCGCGGAGUCUGUUGGGGAGAAUUCUUGAUGCUUUUGUGGGGAAAUUUAGCACCUUUAAGCGCACCAUACCACAGCUGCUGGAAGAGGGUGAAGAAGGGCGGGAUCGAUCCACAUUGAGGGCGAAGCUUGAGAUCCCUGUUCAGGCAGUUCUUAAUUUGCAGGCUCCUUUAGAGCAUUCUAAGGAAGUUACGGACUGCAAACAUCUGAUUAAGACCUUGGUUAUGGGAAUGAAGACGAUAAUCUGGAGUAUCACACAUGCCCAUCUACCCCGAAAUCAGGUUUCACCAUCAGUACAUGGAGCACAUCCCCAGAUGCAGGUUCCCUCUUCAUCCAGCGUACCAGUUAACCAAGGGUUUAAAGGGAUGCGAGAAGACGAGGUCUGGAAGGCAUCUGGAGUUUUAAGGAGUGGUGUACAUUGCUUGUCUCUCUUCAAGGAGAAGGAUGAGGAAAGGGAAAUGCUUCAUCUGUUUUCUCAGAUUUUAGCUAUUAUGGAGCCUCGAGAUCUUAUGGACAUGUUUUCGAUGUGCAUGCCUGAGCUCUUUGAAUGCAUGAUUAGCAACAAUCAGUUGGUUCACAUAUUUUCUACCCUUCUGCAAGCGACGAAGGUGUUUAGACCAUUUGCAGAUGUUUUGGUCAAUUUCCUUGUCAGCAGUAAACUUGAUGUAUUAAAACAUCCCGACAGUCCUGCAGCAAAACUUGUUUUGCACCUUUUUAGGUUCUUAUUUGGUGCAGUUGCCAAGGCUCCUUCAGACUGCGAACGUAUUUUACAGCCUCAUAUACCUGUUGUCAUGGAAGCCUGCAUGAAAAAUGCUACAGAAGUUGAUCGUCCAUUAGGUUAUUUGCAGCUUCUUCGUACAAUGUUUCGUGCACUAACUGGAGGAAAGUUUGAACUUUUGUUACGAGACUUAAUUCCUACAUUACCGCCUUGCUUAAAUAUGUUGCUCUCUAUGGUGGAAGGUCCCACAGGCGAAGAUAUGAGGGAUCUUGUGCUUGAGCUUUGCCUGACCUUACCUGCAAGGUUGAGUUCCUUGUUGCCUUAUCUUCCACGUCUUAUGAAGCCUUUGGUAUUGACUCUCAAAGGAAGUGAUGACUUGGUGAGCUUGGGUCUAAGGACGCUUGAGUUUUGGAUAGAUAGUUUGAAUCCUGAUUUUCUGGAACCCAGCAUGGCAAACGUUAUGUCAGAUGUGAUUUUAGCUUUAUGGUCUCACUUGAAGCCGGCACCACAUCCAUGGGGUGGAAAAGCAUUGCAACUUCUUGGUAAGCUUGGUGGUCGUAAUAGACGGUUUCUCAAGGAGCCCCUUGCACUUGAAUGCAAAGAAAACCCCGAGCAUGGGCUCCGUUUAAUUCUAACAUUUGAGCCAUCAACCCCAUUUUUGGUGCCUUUGGAUCGUUGCAUUUCAUUGGCUGUGGCUGCAGUAUUACAGAACAACGGCAACAUGGAUGCUUUUUACAGGAAGCAGGCGCUAAAAUUUCUACGUGUAUGCUUGUCAUCUCAACUGAAUUUGCGCGCAAAUGUAACUGGCGAGGGAAUGUUGCCCGGAACAUUGGCUGCAUUGUUGGUUUCUUCAGCGGAUCCAUCCUUGCUGCGGUCUGAUAAUGCAGACGAUAAGGCUGAUUUGGGCGUAAAGACUAAGACACAACUUAUGGCAGAAAAAUCGGUGUUUAAGAUUUUACUGAUGACCAUCAUAGCUGCCACCGCAGAACCAGAUCUACUAGACCCGAAGGAUGAUUUCAUCCUAAACAUUUGCCGCCAUUUUGCUAUGAUUUUCCAUGUCGAUUGCUCUACAACUAAUUCACUGGUUGCCAAUGGGCAGCUUGGUUCAACCCUUUCAUCUGGAAGUAGUAGGUUAAGAAACUCAGCCUCUUCCAAUCUUAAGGAGCUGGAUCCUUUGAUAUUCUUAGAUGCACUAGUGGAUGUUCUAGCAGAUGAAAAUAGACUCCAUGCAAAAGCUGCUCUUAACGCCUUGAAUGUGUUUGCUGAAACACUUUUGUUCCUUUCUCGUGCAAAACAUGCCGGGGUACUUACCACGAGGGGAGGUCCUGCAACUCCCAUGAUGGUUUCUAGCCCGUCAACGAAUCCUGUAUAUUCACCCCCACCAAGUGUCCGGAUCCCCGUAUUUGAGCAGUUGCUGCCCCGUCUCUUGCAUUGUUGCUAUGGAAGCACAUGGCAAGCCCAAAUGGGAGGUGUGAUGGGUCUUGGGGCUCUGGUUGGUAAAGUCACAGUUGAGACCUUAUGCUUCUUCCAAGUGAGAGUAAUUCGUGGCCUAGUUUAUGUUCUUAAAAGGCUUCCUUUGCAUGCUAAUAAAGAGCAGGACGAGACAAGUCAAGUGCUCACUCAGGUUCUUCGUGUUGUAAAUAAUGUUGAUGAAGCAAACAGUGAGCCCCGAAGACAAAGUUUCCAAGGAGUUGUUGAGUUUCUUGCUGCAGAAUUGUUUAAUGCGAAUGCUUCUAUUGUCGUAAGGAAGACUGUGCAGUCAUGCUUGGCACUUUUGGCUAGUCGGACUGGUAGUGAGGUAUCUGAGUUACUCGAGUCUCUGUAUCUACCAUUACUUCAACCACUUAUAAUGAGGCCAUUGCGGUCCAAGAAUGUAGACCAACAGGUUGGAACUGUCACAGCUUUGAAUUUCUGCUUGGCAUUAAGACCACCGCUUCUUAAAUUGACACAGGAGUUGGUUAAUUUCUUGCAAGAAGCUCUGCAAAUUGCAGAGGCUGAUGAAAAUGUUUGGGUCGUGAAGUUUAUGAAUCCAAAAGUAGCAACUUCUUUAAACAAACUAAGAACAGCAUGCAUUGAAUUGCUCUGUACAGCAAUGGCUUGGGCAGAUUUCAAGACAGCAAACCAUACGGAAUUACGUUCGAAGAUCAUUUCCAUGUUUUUCAAGUCUUUGACAUGUAAAAACGCGGACAUUGUUGCUGUUGCAAAGGAGGGUUUACGACAGGUUAUUCAACAGCAAAGGUUGCCCAAAGACCUGUUACAGAGCAGCCUCAGACCUAUUUUAGUUAAUUUGGCAAAUACAAAAAGUCUCAGCAUGCCUCUUCUGCAAGGUCUGGCCCGUUUGCUUGAACUGUUGUCUAACUGGUUUAAUGUUACCCUGGGUGGUAAGCUGUUGGAGCAUCUUAAGAAAUGGCUGGAGCCUGAAAAACUUGCUGCAUGUCAGAAAGCGUGGAAACCUGGCGAAGAACCAAAAGUUGCAGCAGCUAUAAUUGAGCUUUUCCAUCUGCUCCCUCCUGCAGCAGGGAGAUUUCUAGAUGAACUUGUAACACUGACAAUGGACUUGGAAGGGGCUCUUCCUCCAGGACAAUUUUACAGUGAAAUUAACAGUCCAUAUCGUCUCCCACUUACCAAGUUCUUAAACCGUUAUGCUGCAGAUGCAGUCGAUUAUUUCCUUGGUCGGCUAAAUCAACCACGAUACUUUAGGCGGUUCAUGUACAUUAUCCGUUCAGAAGCUGGUCAGCCCUUACGAGAAGAGCUUGCUAAAUCCCCACAAAAAGUUCUUGCAAAUGCCUUCCCUCAAUUUUGUCCAAAGCCUGAACCAUCGAUAUCAGCUGAGUCAACAAUGUCAUCAAUAACCCCCCCUGCCGUGUCCAUGAUUGAUGAGAGCCACGAUACGUCUAUGCCUGAUAAUCAUGCUGCUCCUCCAAACCCAAGUGCUAGCUCUGAGGCCUAUUUUCAGGGACUUGCUCUUGUAUCAGCUUUGGUUAAAUUGAUGCCCGACUGGUUGCCAAAUAAUCGUGCAGUUUUUGACACCUUGGUACUUAUUUGGAAGUCCCCGGGUAGGAUUGCUCGUUUGCACAACGAACAAGAACUGAGCCUGGCACAAGUAAAAGAAAGCAAGUGGUUGGUAAAGUGCUUCUUGAAUUACUUACGGCAUGACAAGGGUGAAGUCAACGUCCUCUUUGAUAUGCUCUCCAUAUUCUUGUUUCGCACUCGAAUAGAUUACACUUUCCUGAAGGAGUUUUAUAUCAUUGAGGUUGCAGAAGGUUAUCCCUCCAACAUGAAGAAAACUCUUUUGUUGCACUUUUUGCAGCUUUUCCAAUCUAAACAACUAGGCCACGAUCAUUUGGUCAUUGCCAUGCAAAUGCUCAUUCUUCCAAUGUUAGCACAUGCAUUCCAGAAUGCUCAAAGUUGGGAAGUUGUUGACCCGGCUAUUGUAAAAACGAUUGUGGACAAGCUUCUCGAUCCACCAGAGGAGGUUACUGCUGAGUAUGAUGAGCCACUUAGAAUAGAACUUUUGCAGCUUGCUACUCUGCUUCUCAAGUAUCUACAAAAUGACCUUGUUCACCAUAGGAAGGAACUUAUUAAAUUUGGUUGGAAUCAUCUCAAGCGUGAAGACAGUGCCAGUAAGCAGUGGGCAUUUGUCAAUGUUUGUCACUUCCUCGAGGCAUAUCAAGCUCCAGAGAAAAUUAUUCUCCAGGUUUUUGUUGCUCUUCUUAGAACAUGCCAACCAGAAAAUAAGAUGCUGGUCAAGCAGGCUCUUGACAUACUAAUGCCUGCGCUUCCACGAAGAUUGCCAUCUGGGGAUUCGAGAAUGCCAAUUUGGAUUCGUUACACCAAAAAAAUCUUGGUUGAGGAGGGUCAUUCAAUUCCUAAUUUGAUUCACAUUUUCCAGCUCAUUGUUCGCCAUUCUGAUCUCUUCUACAUCUCUAGAGCGCAAUUUGUACCUCAAAUGGUAAAUUCUCUUAGUCGGCUAGGAUUGCCUUACAACACAACAGCAGAGAAUAGGCGCCUUGCAAUUGAACUUGCUGGACUAGUUGUCGGUUGGGAAAGACAGAGGCAAAAUGAAAUGAAAGUGAUACCUGAAACAGAGGGUCCCAACCAGACAACUGAGGUUUCAAAUCCGGGGUCUGUAAAUGGAGACGUAAAACGAAUAUCAGAUGGUUCUGCAUUCUCUGAUGAUCUUAGUAAGCGGGUAAAGGUUGAACCUGGUCUUCCAUCCCUUGGUGUAAUGUCACCUGGCGGUGUUUCAUCGAUCCCGAAUGUGGAAACCCCAGGUUCUGCUUGCCAACCUGAUGAAGAGUUCAAGCCUAAUGCUGCAAUGGAAGAAAUGAUUAUAAAUUUUUUAAUACGGGUGGCUUUGGUUAUAGAACCCAAGGAUAAAGAAGCAACUUCGAUGUACAAGCAAGCAUUGGAGCUUUUAUCAGAGGCUUUGGAGGUUUGGCCGACUGCGAAUGUUAAGUUCAAUUAUCUCGAGAAAUUGCUAAGCAGUCUUCAGCCAUCUCAAUCAAACAAGGACCCUGCGACAGCUCUUGCUCAGGGCCUCGAUGUAAUGAACAAGGUUUUAGAGAAACAGCCUCAUUUAUUCAUUCGAAACAACAUCAACCAAAUCUCUCAAAUACUUGAGCCCUGCUUCAACAGUAAAAUGCUAGAUGAGGGGAAGUCUCUUUGCACCUUACUGAAGAUGGUCUUUGGUGCUUUUCCUUUAGAAACCCCAACCACUCCUCAGGAUGUGAAUAUGUUGUACCUUAGGGUCAAGGAGCUCAUACAAAAGCAUCUUGAUGCUGUGAUAUCCUCUCAGAUAUCCCUUGAAUCUGCAAACUCCAUGAUAAGCUUUGUUCUGUCUGUGAUCAAGGUUUUGACGGAGGUGCAGAAGUUCUUCAUAGACCCGUUCCUUAUGCCAUUAACUCGUGUUCUUCAACGCCUUGCAAGGGAUAUGGGCUCAUCUGCAGCUUCUCAUGUGAGACAAGGUCAAAGAAUGGAUCCAGAUGCUUCAGUCAGUUCCUCACGUCCAGUUGCUGAUGUUGGGUCCGUCACUCCUAAUUUAAUAUCCAUUUUGAAACUUAUCAGUGGAAGAGUGAUGUAUUCUACUGAAUCUAAGCGAUUGAUGAUCCAACUACUAAAUGUAUUCUUGACUGAGAGGGGUACGGAUGCUAGUGUUCUUCUUUGCAUACUUGAUAUAACAAAGAGCUGGAUUGAAGAUGACUUCAGCAAGCCUUCCACAACCAGCGCAUCACAUUCUGUGCUCUCUCAGAAGGAGAUAGUUGCUUACCUACAAAAGCUCUCACAAGUUGAUAAGCAAAACUUCUCAGCUAGCUCUCAAGAAGAGUGGGACAUCAAGUAUCUUCAGCUUCUGUAUGGAGUUUGUGCUGAAUCUAACAAGUAUCCUCUUCCUCUACGACAAGAAGUGUUUCAGAGGGUUGAGAGGCAAUUCAUGCUUGGUCUAAGGGCUAACGAUCCUGAGAUUAGACAGAAAUUUUUUUCGCUAUACCAUGAAUCGCUUUCGAAAACACUGUUCACAAGGUUGCAGUAUAUCAUACAAAUUCAAGAUUGGGAAGCACUAAGCGAUGUCUUUUGGCUGAAGCAAGGACUUGAUCUUCUUUUGGCAAUUUUGGUUGAGAAUAUCCCUAUUGCACUCGCUCCAAACUCUGCUCGUGUACCCACUCUGGUUUCAUCUGGAUCUAUUCCAGAUCAUACAGGAAUACAGCAGCAGUUACCUGAUGCUCUUGAUGAUUCUGAAGGUGUUCUAACGCUUGAUGGCCUUGUUCAUAAGCAUGCUCAGUUCUUAAGCGAGAUGAGCAAACUUCAGGUUGCUGAUCUCAUUGUCCCUUUAAGAGAACUCGCUCAUAUAGAUGCAAAUGUUGCUUACCUCUUAUGGGUUUUGGUAUUUCCAAUUGUGUGGGUAACUUUACAUAAGGAAGAACAGGUAGCACUGGCAAAACCAAUGAUUGCUCUGUUAUCAAAAGAUUACCAUAAGAGGCAGCAAGCAAGCAGGCCAAAUGUUGUGCAAGCUCUUCUUGAAGGUCUUCAUUUGAGCCAUCCUCAACCUAGGAUGCCAAGUGAACUUAUCAAAUAUAUUGGAAAGACAUUCAAUGCUUGGCAUAUUUCACUUGCUUUGCUAGAAAGUCAUGUUAUGUUGUUCAUGAAUGAAACUAAAUGCUGUGAGUCUCUAGCUGAGCUAUACCGGUUGCUCAAUGAAGAAGAUAUGAGAUGUGGGUUGUGGAAGAAAAGGUCAAUUACUGCAGAAACUAGGGCUGGCCUUUCGCUUGUUCAGCAUGGUUAUUGGCAGCGUGCUCAAAGUCUUUUCUACCAAGCCAUGAUCAAGGCCACACAAGGCACUUAUAACAAUACAGUACCUAAGGCUGAGAUGUGUCUUUGGGAAGAACAGUGGCUUUCAUGUGCUGGUCAACUUAGUCAGUGGGAGGUGCUGGUUGAUUUUGGCAAGAGUGUAGAGAAUUAUGAUAUACUACUCGACUGUCUUUGGAAGGUUCCUGACUGGAACUAUAUGAAGGACCAGGUAAUUCCAAAGGCCCAAGUGGAAGAAACCCCAAAGCUACGUCUAAUCCAAGCAUUCUUUGCACUUCAUGAUAGAAACACAAAUAGUGUGGGUGAUGCUGAAAACAUUGUGGGGAAAGGUGUUGAGCUGGCUCUUGAGCAGUGGUGGCAGUUACCUGAAAUGUCUGUCCAAUCACGGAUACCUCUUUUACAGCAAUUCCAGCAGCUGGUCGAAGUUCAAGAAUCAGCUAAAAUUAUAGUGGACAUUGCUAACGGAAGCAAACAGGUUUCGGGAAGUUCCACGGCAGGUGUUCAUGGUGGUGGGUAUAUGGAUCUUAAAGACAUUCUAGAGACUUGGCGACUUCGAACUCCGAACGAAUGGGACAAUUUAUCUGUUUGGUAUGAUUUGCUUCAGUGGAGAAAUGAGAUGUAUAAUGCUGUAAUUGAUGCGUUCAAGGAUUUUGGUACCACAAAUGCUCAACUUCAUCACCUUGGAUACCGGGACAAAGCGUGGAAUGUAAAUAAGCUUGCUCACAUUGCACGCAAGCAAGGCCUGUAUGAUGUGUGUGUCACAGUACUCGAAAAAAUGUAUGGUCACUCAACCAUGGAAGUGCAGGAAGCUUUUGUGAAAAUAACGGAACAAGCGAAGGCUUAUCUGGAGAUGAGGGGAGAACUCAACAGUGGUCUUAAUUUGAUUAACAGUACCAAUUUGGAAUAUUUUCCUGUGAAACACAAAGCUGAAAUUUUUUGUCUCAGGGGGGACUUUCUGUUGAAGCUAAAUGAUUGUGAAAAUGCUAAUCUUGCAUAUUCAAACGCCAUUUCCCUCUUUAAGCAUUUGCCUAAAGGAUGGAUAAGCUGGGGAAAUUAUUGUGACAUGGUAUAUAAAGAAACUCAUGAUGAGGUUUGGUUAGAGUAUGCCGUCAGCUGCUUCCUUCAGGGAAUUAAAUAUGGCGUCUCUAAUUCUAGGAGCCAUCUCGCUCGUGUCUUAUACCUUCUUAGCUUUGAUACUGCGAAUGAGCCUGUCGGAAGAGCAUUUGAUAAAUACUUGGACCAAAUACCUCAUUGGAUUUGGCUUUCUUGGGUCCCGCAGCUAUUGCUGUCCUUACAAAGAGCCGAGGCUCCUCACUGCAAACUUGUCUUGCUGAAAGUUGCGACUGUGUAUCCACAGGCUUUAUAUUACUGGUUACGCACAUAUUUACUUGAGCGCCGAGAUGUUGCCAAUAAAUCUGAACUUGGAAGGAGUUUAGCGAUGGCUCAGCAGAGGAUGCAGCAAAAUGCCUCUGGGGCUUGUAGCGCUCCUUUAGGCUUGGCCGACAGUAAUUCAAGAGUACAGAAUCAUGUGGCGGGUUCAGAAAGUCAUCAGGUUCAUCAAGGUUCUCAAUCUGGUGGUGUUAGUGGGUCCCACGAUGCUGGAAAUUCUCAUGGUCAAGAAUCUGAAAUGUCCACACCUAUGGAAACUAAUGUGCAUGCUGGACAUGACCAACCAAUGUCUCAAAGUUCAAACAUUAAUGAAGGUAGUCAAAACACUUUAAGACGCAAUAUUGGAUUGGUAGCUUCAGCAGCUAGUGCCUUUGAUGCUGCAAAGGAUAUAAUGGAGACCCUUCGAAGCAAACACACUAAUUUGGCAAGUGAACUUGAGGUGCUGUUAACAGAAAUUGGCUCUAGAUUUGUUACCCUUCCAGAAGAGAGGCUUCUAGCAGUGGUCAACGCUUUGCUACACCGCUGUUAUAAGUACCCAACUGCCACUAAUUCCGAAGUUCCUCAAUCUUUGAAGAAGGAGCUCUCUGGUGUUUGCAAAGCUUGCUUUUCAGCUGAUGCUGUGAACAAGCAUGUUGAUUUCGUGAGAGAGUACAAGCAAGACUUUGAACGCGAUCUUGAUCCAGAGAGCACAGCUACUUUCCCAGCCACUCUCUCAGAAUUGACUGAGAGGUUGAAGCACUGGAAAAAUGUACUUCAGAGCAAUGUCGAGGACAGGUUUCCAGCUGUCCUAAAAUUGGAAGAGGAAAGCAGGGUUUUGCGUGACUUCCAUGUUGUUGACGUGGAGGUUCCAGGGCAGUAUUUCACAGAUCAGGAAGUUGCACCCGACCAUACAGUAAAGUUAGACAGAGUUGGAGCUGAUAUUCCAAUUGUGCGGCGCCAUGGCAGUAGCUUCCGUCGUCUUACUCUUAUCGGUUCUGAUGGUAGUCAGCGCCAUUUUAUUGUUCAGACAUCUCUUACCCCUAAUGCCCGAAGUGAUGAGCGAAUUCUACAGUUGUUCCGUGUGAUGAACCGAAUGUUUGACAAACACAAGGAGUCGAGGCGGCGCCACCUAAGCCUUCAUACACCGAUUAUUAUUCCUGUUUGGUCUCAGGUCAGAAUGGUAGAAGAUGAUUUGAUGUAUAGCACCUUCCUUGAGGUAUAUGAGGUCAACUGUGCUCGGCACAAUCGAGAGGCUGAUCUCCCCAUCACUCAUUUCAAGGAGCAACUGAACCAAGCUAUAUCUGGUCAGAUCUCACCAGAAGCAGUUGUGGACCUCCGGCUCCAAGCGUAUCAUGAGAUUAUAAAGACUUUAGUCAAUGACAAUGUAUUUUCUCAGUACAUGUACAAGACUCUUGUGAGUGGUAACCAUUUAUGGGCUUUCAAAAAGCAAUUUGCUGUUCAGCUAGCUCUCUCCAGCUUCAUGUCAUUCAUGCUUCAAAUCGGUGGAAGGACUCCAAACAAGAUUUUAUUUGCCAAGAGCACUGGAAAAAUUUUCCAGUCUGAUUUCCAUCCAGCUUAUGAUGCAAAUGGAAUGAUUGAGUUUAAUGAACCAGUGCCUUUCCGGCUGACGAGGAAUAUGCAAUCGUUCUUCUCCCAUUUUGGUGUGGAAGGUCUAAUUGUGUCUUCCAUGUGUGCUGCAGCACAGGCUGUGGUUUCGCCUAAACAAAGCCAGCAUUUGUGGCAUCAGUUAGCGAUGUUUUUCCGUGACGAGCUGCUUUCAUGGUCAUGGAGGAGACCUUUAGGAAUGCCUACAGCCCCUAUUGCCCCAGGAGGUAGCAUGAACCCCAUGGAUUUCAAGCAUAAGGUUACGGCCAAUGUCGAGAAUGUUGUUGGUCGAAUUAAAAAUAUAGCUCCACAAUACUACUCUGAAGAGGAGGAUAAUGCUAUGGAACCACCCCAAUCGGUACAGAGGGGUGUGACGGAGCUGGUUGAAGCUGCCUUGACACCCAGGAAUUUGUGUAUGAUGGAUCCAACAUGGCAUCCCUGGUUCUAACUUUUCUUAUUCUUCCCUGUGGCAUGUUAUUAGACUGCUAAAAAAGUUGUAUGCCGAUAGAUAGCCCAAAAAGUUGUAAUUAUUUAGACAUUUUAGUUUCAUUUAUAGGUUUAGAAGUCAUGUAUGGUGUCCAUCUGAUAUUCUAUGUAAUUACUGACACAAAAUUGCUACGCAGUUUUUCCAAUAGAUGUCUUGUGAAUAAUGUCAUUGAAGUUUUUUGUUUUGAAGUCUACCCUGGCUGCAUCGAAGCAUGGCAAGUAAACCAAAGUUUAAAGUAAGCCAGAUUAGUAAUAAUCUGGAUUCUUGUAUGAUUUAAGAUUCUAAUUUUGUAUUAGAAUCUAGAUUCUAACUGAACGUAAAAUAGAACCGUGUUUUGGA